AAUUUCUGGUUUUGACGAUAGUGGAAACUAUGAUAGCCAUUGGCGUGGCAUUUUUGGUGAAUUUCAUUCCAUUUUUUUAUGCAAUUGGAUUUGUUUAUGUUUCUGAUUAUCAUUACUGCGACGGCAUUGCCUGGUAAAGAAGAUAGGUUUGAUUUGAUUGAGUAUUAUUACAUUGUCGGAAGAGCUUAUGUGAAGAGAGACUUGGAAUUGCAGAGUAUUGAAGAGCAUGUGAAGACGAAGGUGGCUGUGUGAUGGAAUUGUCGAAACCUUGGGGACUAAAUUGUAGUAUUUGUAAAUGUAAAUGAAAGCCACUUUAUUCCUUAAUAUUGCAACUUAGUCCUUGCCCAUUUAUCGCUGAUAUUGGCGCGCAAAGCUUCUGAAAUGAAUGGCGGCACGCUCCGUGGAUGCGAGAAUGGAGGUUUCGUCUCUACCAAUAUCUCCCUCGCAGAGAGGAAAGUUGAUAUCGGCAGGGUAUACGUCGGUUGCGUCUGUCACCUAUGUUUCUCCUUCCACUUUAGCUCGAGAUUUGAAGAUUUCGGAGGAUGAGGCGGUGGGGAUCUUGAGGGUUGCAUCGCGAAGGGCUGGAUUAGACAAAAUUGAGAACGGAAAUCCUGCGAUUAUGAAUGGAGCACAGACAGCAUGGGAUAUGCUGAAUGAGGAGCAAUCUUCUGUAUGCAUCACCACAUCUUCCUCUAAUUUAGAUGAAAUCCUAGGUGGAGGAAUUCACUGUAAAGAAGUUACUGAGAUCGGUGGAGUGCCGGGCAUUGGCAAAACUCAACUUGGGAUUCAACUGGCUGUGAAUGUCCAAAUCCCAUCCGAUUAUGGUGGCCUCGGAGGAAAGGCAAUUUAUAUAGAUACGGAAGGCAGUUUUAUGGUGGAACGUGUUUUACAAAUUGCAGAUGCAUGUGCUGUUGACAUGCUAGAAUAUAAUAACAUAUUGCGGAGAGAUUCAGAAGCAUUUCAAGUAAACAAACAGUCAAGGGAUUUUCUUGACAGUAUAUUCUACUUCCGAAUAUGCACUUACACUGAACAAAUCGCUGUUAUAAAUUACUUGGAGAAGUUUGUUUCAGAGCAUAAUGAUGUUAAGCUUGUGGUUAUUGACAGCAUUACUUUCCACUUCCGUCAAGACUUUGAGAACAUGGUUACUAGGACUCGACUACUUGGUGAAAUGGCCUUAAAACUGAUGAAACUUGCAAAGAAAUUUAAUUUGGCAGUUGUUUUAUUGAAUCAAGUAACCACAAAGUACAAUGAAGGAUCAUUUCAUUUAACUCUUGCUCUUGGUGACAGUUGGUCGCAUGCUUCUACAAAUCGGAUCAUAUUGUACUGGAAUGGCAAUGAGAGGUAUGCAUAUAUUGACAAGUCACCCUCACUACGAUCAGCAUCUGCCUCAUAUUCUGUGACAGCCAAAGGUAUUCGAAAUUCUACUCCAAACUGCAAAAGAGUGAAGUUGAUGUAGUUUUCCAGGUAAAGAACAGCAGAGGCCCUUUCUCUUGGAUUAAGGUAAUUAAGAAACAGCUUGUAUUUUACUGGUUAUUCCAAUCUUUAUUAGCAUAAAGACAUUUUGAUCAAUUGUUUUGUGCUAAGGGUUCUUCGCUAUAAUAUCCUCUUUAUCUUACUUUAAUGUUGAAAUCCAAUGAUGUGAAGUAUGCUUACGCUUCACUAUAGAAGAUAUUUUUUUAUUGAAAAAGAGAAUGAAUACCUCGUUUCCUUUCUUGUUGUUAUCUAUUGUGACUUUGAUGAUAAGAAUACGUAUCUUCCCUUUACAUGAUGAAUAUGUAAACUUAAAUUCAUGCUUUGUUAUAACCAGAAAUGUGGUGAGUUAAAAGGGCUUGUUAUAAAAUUGCACUUUUUUAGAGUCAAUAGUUUCAUGAUGGCUGAUCUUCUAAAUAGUAUCGAUGACAAAUCGUUCAAGAAAGAAUUCUUGUCAAUCUAUAGGAUCAUUCUACGGUAAGUGACGUACCUACCUAACGCUGAGUGGUGUUUACAUCAUUUCCUAGUUUUUACAGCCUCUUUGUGUCUGUUGCUCUGGAAUACACUAACAACAAAACCCAACUUUUUGGUUUAAACAAAGUGGGUUUUUGACUGGACUUAAAAAACAGUAGAAAAAGAAUCAUUACAUGCGUUCCAUCCUCGUGGUUACAUAUAGGAAUUUUACCUACCGCUGUUGGGAAACGUAGAAUUGCAGAUAGAAGUGGGGCCCAAAAUCCAACGGGGUCAGAAGAAAAAAUUCACCUACCUCUAGCAUUGGUUCAAUAGCUAGCAAAAGGUGUCUUCAUUGUAAGCCCAAGGGUUAUGUUUAUGUACUUGUCUCUAAAGCUCACCAAACAACCAACCCCCACCAGAUCCCUCAAAUUACCUCUACCAAACCCAGAAAAGUAGACAUAAAUAUCGAGUAUGAACAGCAUCAGAGGUGAAAAAGUAACUUAGAAAAUUUAACAUAUUAAGAGUAGAAGUCUUUUCUGUGAUCUUAACACGAUGUGUAACUGGAUGAGCAUAUUCUUGUCCGUAAAUAGAUGCUUUA